CUGUGGCCUUUUGUGCGAGCUCCUGCGUGUUUAUGAAAGUUUGCAAAGUAGACGAGGCCAGUUUGACUUGCAAAAUAGCACUUACUUGGAGACUGGAGCUAGGGAGGAUUUAAAACUCUCAGGAUUAUCAUCUUUCCUGCCAUCUCUCUCUGUUUCCACUGGUGACGGUGCCUGACAAACAUCGCCAUGGGUGAAAUGGAGGAAUUGCGAAAGGAGGCGGACAGCCUCAAAGACCAGAUCACUGCGGCUCGUAAGGCGGUGCAGGACACCACGCUGCAAGAAGCAACAGGCAGUAUCACCGUGAUGGGUCGAGUCCAGCUGAAGACCAGGAAAACACUAAGGGGUCACCUUGCCAAGAUCUACGCUAUGCACUGGGGCACUGAUACUAAGCUGUGUGUCAGCGCCUCACAAGAUGGAAAACUCAUAGUGUGGGACAGCAUCACAACCAACAAGGUGAAUGCCAUCCCUCUCAAGUCAUCGUGGGUGAUGACUUGUGCUUAUGCACCGUCAGGGAACCUCGUGGCUUGUGGCGGUCUGGACAACAUGUGCUCCAUCUACAACCUUAAGGGCAAGGACGGGAACGUCAAGGUCAUGCGUGAGCUGGCAGCACACACAGGCUACCUGUCCUGCUGCCGUUUCCUCAGUGACAGUGAGAUCAUCACCAGCUCUGGAGACUGCACUUGUGUACUAUGGGACAUUGAGACAGGGACCCAAAAGACCAUCUUUGCAGGACAUCAGGGAGACUGCAUGUCCCUCGCUGUAUCCCCCGACUUCAAGUUUUUCAUCUCAGGGGCCUGCGACUUCACGGCCAAGCUGUGGGACAUCAGAGAGGGCGCGUGCAGACAGACCUUUGGAGGCCAUGAGAGUGACAUCAACGCCAUUGGGUUCUUCCCCAAUGGAAACGCAGUGAUAACAGGGUCUGACGAUGCCACCUGUAAGCUGUACGACCUGCGAGCCGACCAGGAGCUCAUCACCUACCAGGACUCUGGCAUCAUGUGCGGGGUGACCUCCCUGGCCCCAUCCCUGUCCGGCCGCCUGAUACUGGCUGGCUACGAUGACUUUAACGUCAACAUCUGGGACGCACUUAAAGCAGAGAGAGUGGGAGUGCUGGCCGGUCACGACAACAGGGUGAGCUGUAUCGGCGUGUCCUCAGACGGCAUGGCGUGUUGCACAGGGUCCUGGGACAGCUUCCUCAAGAUAUGGAACUGAGGCUGUUCCUGAGCAGGAGGAGAGCAGUAAACAUCUGCCGGGGAGACAGUGAAGGAAGAUUUAAAAAAAGAAAAAGAAAAAAAACGAAAUUGGAGUUUGAGUGAGGGAUGAGGGACGAGGAGCCACAUAGGUUGAGAAGAGGGUAUUUCAAUUGUGCCAAGUCCUAUCUAUUGUUGGAGAGGGGGUUGUAAUGUGAAGAUUUUCUCCUCUCUCUGUCACAACGCGCUCUCACCUUUCUUCUCACGUUAUGGGGGAAUCUGGGGCGGGACAAGGGGUAGAGGGUCUCAGAAAAGAUCAUUCCUCUCAAUAGUUACAUUGCGGUUCAAUAUAUGCACAUUUAUCGCAGCAAUUCAGAGAUCACCCGACGAGAACAGUUGCCAAAUGGAAAUGGUAGCACACUGGAUGAGAUAGAAUUGAAUAUGUGUCAAGUUGCAGCCUGUGUAGGUUUCACACUAGCUAUGCUGUGUUUCAUAUCAAAGCAUAAGUUAUGUCAUAUGAAUAAUAUGAGCAUUAUUGUUUCAGACUGUCGUUUGUUCCUAGUUUUGGUAGAUUUCCCUACAUGCUUACAUUUAAUUUCUUUUUUUCAUUUUCUAAUUUUAAUUCAAAUGGAGUUCUAGUUUGCAGAUGUCUACAUUUAGUGUUUGACUUGUUUUGUAUGUGAUUGAUGGACAAUAUUUACCAGGACUUGGGGUGUCAUCAUUUUGGCCUAAGAUCCCACCCCCUUCCCUCCCUCCCCCAGUAGCUAGACCUGAAAAGUGCUUUGGGUAAACUGUUGGACUGACAGAUGGGAUAAUAAAAUGUUUUUCAUGCUUCACUAAGCACUCACAAAAAAAGAUGACCCAUUUGUCUCAGGACAGGAGGACUUUUGUAUGAGUGAUAUAUGGAUGAUAACGUCUAUUGUGCACAAAUGAGCAAUACAUCUGAAUCUGUAUAUGACUGCUUAACUUUUCCUCUGCAAAGAUAAACUUGAAGGACGGUUUGUGUACAUACAGAAAGAUAAAAACUCUGAGUUCUGACUAGAAUUUGGACUGCCUCUUUUCCAACACUGGAUUCACACAAUGUGCAAAGUAAAGCAAUACUAUCUUUCUUAAAGACUGUCUAAUAAACAUGGGAUUCUGCAUUA